CGAUGAGUUCCGCCUCCGCAGGGCCCCGCGCAGAGCCGCCUUGGAGCCUCUUGGGGCCACUCUGGCGCUGCCACAGGGCCUCUUGGGCUGGCCGCCCUGGGGCCCUGCUCGGCCGCCUGGGGCAGCUCCUUAAAACUCCAUGAGGCCGCACUGGUGGUCUCUUGGCGCCCUCUUCAGAUAUGAUGGCACCUCUGAUUGGACCUGAAAACAAACGACACCACCCCUUCGACUUAUGGCCUCCUGGACCAAAAACUGCCGCCAAGUACGCCGCCCCGACUCUGGCAUAAUAUAGCGCCCCCCAGCCUGCGAGCCGCGGCCCCUGACCCAGGCCAGAGGGGGGGGGAACCAACCUCUGCUGGUCGUUUCUGGUUGCCUUCGCAAUGCCAGGCCACGUCGCAAUGCAAAGGUGACAAUGGAGGCCUCGUAAAUGGGCCCGACCCCGCCUGGGAGGCUUCGAAACAAGGAACCGGAGCAGGAGGACAGCAGGCGAGACCACGGGGAGGUGCCGCGUCCCCCCCGGGGCCUGGCCCCCCCACGCACUGCCGGGGGGGACGGCCCGGCGCUCGGCCGACGGGCCACGCAGGGCGGCCAAACGCCGCCUGGCGAGUACGCCCCGGGCUGGCCAGCGUCGGAGGAGGAGGAGGAGGAGGAGGAGGAGGAGAAGGGGGAGGAGCUCUGGGAAUCCUCGGGCGGUGGUCACAUCAGGUUCUGCCGCCUGAGGUAUGGAGCAUUCAGGCUCUGCGCCAAUGUCCUCCGACGCUCUGGAUGUGGCACGAGCAGCCACGAGCAAAGCAGUAUCUUGAAGCGGCUCUCUCCUGGCAUCGGAGGCGAGGUGGUCGCCACAGCCCCGAGCCACUUCAGGAAAAAGAUAUUCCCCGCGUGGCGCGACUGCCCAUCGCUGACCUCGUGAAACUGCGCCCACUGCAUCGACAGCAAGGGGCAUAAAAUGACCAGUUCAACAAGCGUGAUGCCCACGCUCCACACGUCCAUGCUUGGUUUCAGAACCACGCUCCCGCCUUCGACUACGAAACGGGCAAAUUCGGGCGCACAGUACAAAGGCGAGAACGAGAUAUGACUGCUCAGCUUUACUUCUGUGCCUGCAGGCAAGCAGCUAUCCAUGUCGAUGAGUUUCCAUCGCCCGCCGCACAUCAUUAUGUUAUCUGGUUUGACAUCGAGAUGCACGUAGCCUUUCGCGUGCAACCAAGCCACGGCCAGCACAAUCUCUUUGGCGAUCUUGCGCACAAUGUCGCUGGACAGCGGGGUCUUCGUCUCGCUCCUCUGCCGCAACAUGUCCCUCAAGGUGCAGUCAGCCAACUCAGUCACGAUGUACAUGCGGCCGUCCUCUGGGUCAGGGGCUGGCUCCCCGCUGGCAUCCUUGAAAACCCAGGAGCCUCAAGAAGAGGUCAGCGGGAUCGGUGCGGGCCAGCUCUUCGCACCACAGCGCGUCGUCGACUGGCUUCUCCAGAGGCCUGUGCACCUCCUGAAGCACUUCGACCUGCCGUCUGAACUUGGCGAGCGUAGAAGAGACUCCCCCCCUGGAUCGGGGGGCUUGUACACCUUGAUCGCCACGGCCUCGCCGGUCUCAACGUUGCUUCCGAGAUAGCAUACACUCGAAGUGCCCUCGCCCAACCGAGUGCUGUCCCCAUCCGCGAGGGCAAACUUGCCAAAGAUACUGUCCCCAGACUGCGCGGAUACCAACGAGGAGCUCGAGGUCAUGACCUGAGCUGCCGUGCUCGCUGGAGAAUGCACUGUUGCAUUGAAGCUAGAUGCCAAAGAAGAGAAUGGCACAGUGCUCUGCGUCGAGACCCCUGGAUUCGUGGAGGUAGUUUUGCUGCGUGGUUCAAGCUUGACGUGGAUCCUGUUGGACUCGCUCGCCAAGAUCGCCUUGGAUUCACUGCACCCCAUGUCGCCCAAGCUCGCGCCCGGUGGCUCGUCCACCAAAAAUGUGGUCGCAGACGCGGGGUGGCGGGCCCACAACCCACCCAGAGUCAAACCAAACGGCUUCAAGGAACGUGUAGGGUCCGUUUUGGACUUUCCUUAGGUCGGGCCUGUUCCCCUACAGGGGGAUAUUGGGCGAAAAAUUCAAAAAUAGUCAAAAAAAUACUCUACUCAAAACUAGUCGAAAAAUCGUCCCCAGACU